UCUCAUGUAUUCCGUUUUUUUUUUUUUUUUUUAUUAAAAUUGUAGAUUUUUUAAUUUUGAAUUUUCUUCUGAUUAAAUGCAUGCUGCGCCCUGGUGCCCAAUAGCACAAUCAGAUACAAACACGUAAUCUUUUUUAUGUGCUACUCGUUGAUUGGCUGACAAAAUAAUAUAAAAAUCACUUUCAAUAAAUAUGUUGAGGUUAUGUCUUUCAAUGACUGAAAAAAUAUGUAUUUAAUUUUAAUAAAAGUAACGAGACAGAGACGAAUUAAAUUCGCUGGGGAAGUUUUAACAUGAAGAAAGACACUGCGUCUAUAAUACUUAAUUUUAUUUUAACCAUUCUAUUAAUAUAUGUAACUCCCUGUAGUAACACGGAUGAUGAACAAAACGUUUCUAUCUUAUCAAAUAGUUCAAUUAAGAAUAUUUCUGAUGUACGAACUGAAUUGAUUGAUGAGAAAGUACCUAUUACAGAUCCUAUUAUAGAACCUAGUUUAGAAGAAAAUGUUAAUGUUGCCAUAGAUUCUGAUAAUGUUGGGGUGGUCAAGAACCCCGAUACUGAAACUGAGAAGUCUGAAUUACCAAAUAGUGUAUCUAUCAAUGAUGCCCCAGUCUUGUUUACAACAGAAAGCUCCCCUGUAGAUCUAGACCACCUUUCUGACAUCUCCUUAGUGAUAACUAGUCAAAAGGAGGAGAUUCCCACUCAGAAAGUUCCUGAGACAUCUCAAAAAGUUCCUGAACCCAACGUGAACAUUCCUUUGAACAUCACUGCUAAUGUAUCAGAUAGUGAUGACAGGAAAGUUGCUGAGGAAGGUGCAGUGAAGGUGGAGGAAGUUGCUCAGAAAAAUGAUAGUGAGAGUAAGACUGAAGACAUUCCUUCGUUUUCUGAAUGGGCUCAAAAGAGACUGGAGGAGGUUGAGAAGAAUGAGCAGAUCAAUUCCUCUGUUAAAGGACAGGCGGAGAGAUCUAAUGGCAAAACUCAAAACGCCAAGCUCAGAUGGAAGAACUACGCUUCGUUGGAUUGCGGUUCCAAAGUGGUGGCCGCUAAUCCAGAGGCAGUCAGUCCGAGCGCCAUCUUGUCGCCGUCUAGCGACGAAUACAAGUUAAACCCUUGCACGGCUCGGAUAUGGUUCGUGGUGGAACUUUGCGAAGCCAUACAGGCCAAGAAAAUCGAUUUGGCCAAUUACGAGUUGUUUUCCUCGUCGCCAAAAGAGUUCACGGUGUCCGUCAGCGAGAGAUUUCCUACUCGGGACUGGGCGUUAAUAGGAAAAUUUACAGCUGACGAUGAGAGAGAUAUCCAAAGUUUCGAUUUGGAUACAGAAUUAUUUGGAAAAUAUAUUAAAGUCGAAGUGAAAUCUCAUUACGGAUCUGAACAUUAUUGCCCUAUUUCCUUGUUUAGGGCCUACGGAGCUUCGGUUUUUGAAGUUCUUCAAAAAGAAGACGCCGCCAACGUGAACCGACCGGACGACGAUGAUGACGACGAUGACGAUUACGAGCAGGAUACGGACGGACAAGAAAAUACGGACAAGAAAAACAUUUUCAGUUCAGCUACGGACGCUGUAAUGUCGGUCGUGAAACGUGCCGCGCAGAUUCUCGGCACCAAAUCCAACGAGGCCGCUCAAAAUACGAAAAAUUCGACGGUCAGCACGUUGAUCAGUACCUGCAGCUCGCCCAGGCAUCUCGUCAGUUGCGACAAAUGCAGCGAAACCCUAUUUGGACAGAUCUACGGCCUACUCAGCUGCAAUGCCGAAGAAAUCAAACGUCUCGUCAGCAUCCCGACCAUCUUCAGAACGUUAAAAUCGUCGUCGAUAUGCGAAAAAUAUGGUUACCGGUUCCGUAACGCGUCCAAACGGACGUCGCUGAUCAGCAACAUCGGCGCAUUCUUUCCCGAAAAGUACGUGGGCGCCAUGUGCAACGAAGUCGCCAUUCUAGAAAACAACGGCGUCGUCAACGUCAGCCAACACUUCAGCAACAUCACCAAGAAUUUGUCCAACGAAAAAAUCGUUCGUAUGGACGUCGACGAUGCGAAAGAUCAACCUCAAGCGAUUGGGGUAACGACACCUAGCGUCAUUACCCAGAACCAGACGGAUUCGAACGUUUCCACGCAAGAAAUAGCGCAGAUUAAGCCGACGAAAACUUUGACGGUCAACGCGAACUUUACGCAGACGAACACGGAAGGGGUAACGACGGAGAAAGUCGUUCCGGUGGAAAUUUCGACGGAAGCGCCCGAGACAGGGACUAUUUUGACCGAAGCGAGUACCGAAGGGACUUUUAGCAGUGAAGGGGAUGUUUCUACUGAGGGAACGGACGUUUUGGACGAUCAGUUGAACCAUAUUAUGGUGGAUUUGAACGCCGCCGACGGACAGAAUCCGGUGAUUACUUCGACCGCCGCCAGCGGUCCUCAAGCUGCCAAAGAAUCUAUCUUUCUGAGAUUAUUUAACCGUAUAAAGUCGCUAGAAAGGAACAUGUCGAUCUCCAGCCAGUACUUAGAAGAACUCAGCAAACGCUACAAAAAACAAGUCGAAGAAAUGCGCGAAGAGACGCUAAAGCGCGACGAACUCAACAAGCAACUCGAAGAACGACUCGACAAACUCACCACCACCAUCGAAACCAUGGCGGCCGAACGUCGCACCUUCCUCUCCGUCGUCUAUUGUCUUCUUUUCUUCGGCUUCUGCAGCGCGGGCGUGUACUUUUUUUGCGGGCGAUGCGCGGAUCGCGCGCGGCGUCGCUCGCAAGUGUCUGCGAUUGCUCGUCGCAAGUCUUUGGACGAACUGAAGCCGAAGAAGACGGAGCGCAAGCGCCGGCCGAGCGAUCAGGCUAUGCGGAUCGCGUGGCGCGAUUCCGAAGAUGUGCAGGCGCAUAAGAGACGAAAGCGCAAACGACCGGUGCAUAACAGAUCGAUCUCGUUAGGGAAUAUCAAAAUCGACAAGGAGCGGUGGCCGAGUGAGCGACAAACUGUCGUAGAGGAAGCGACAGUGGUGUUAGAUGAGAGCGACAACUCCAUAUUGGAUGGGUGUCGUUUGUCGAACGAGGUGAACGGCGACGAUGAGGUCAAGUCAAAGUCUAGUCAAGAUCGGGAUGAGGGGGAGGUAGGAUUGAUUGAGAACGUAACGGCGUUGAGUGCUGUGGACGGAGUGGUGGUCAAGAAGGAGAAAAAGGGGUUUAAGCGGCUGUUGAAGAAAGUUUUUUGAAUGUGUUCGUUUCUGCGAUUUUUACUUAUUAUUGUGUAAUUUAUUUCAAUAUAUUGAAUUUUAUUUUU